AUGGGAAGAAGAGUUCAACGCAGGGGCUGCCCAGUGAGCCGCAGAGUCUCCGGAUCGCUGAAUGGCGAAGGCCUUAGGGUUGGCAUAGUCGUGGCCGAAUUUAACGACUUCAUUACUUCCCGGCUUCUGGAGGGCGCCUUGGCGGGACUCGAGGCUCACGGGGUCAGUGACGACGAUGUUACUAUCGCUUCCGUUCCAGGCUCGUUCGAGAUCCCGCUUAUCUCAAAGAAAUUGGCAGAGUCAGGGCAGCAUGACGCGGUCAUCUGUCUGGGCGCGGUGAUCAGAGGCGAAACAGACCACUACAACCUUGGUGCCGGCGAGGCCACCAAAGGCAUCGCCAAUGCAUCUGUCUCUUCCGGCGUUCCGGUCAUCUUCGGAGUUCUGACUACCGAUACGCUGGAGCAGGCAAUAAACCGUGCGGGCGGCAAGCAGGGCAAUAACGGCUACGGCGCCGCGGUGGCCGCCGUCAGGAUGGCCAAUCUCGUAAGGGCCAUUGACACGGCCUGA